UGGCGACUGCUUGUCAGGAGCUACCCGGGUACCGACUGUGUCCUUCCGCACAUGCUUUGGUGCGGAAAACACGUUCCAGGCGACUUCCACUUUUACGUUGAACCCAAGCGUUUCGCUUCCUUGCCAAACGCUCCCUCCCUUGACCAACUUACUCCGCAAGAAACACGCAGGGUUGUCGUCACCCUUGCUCCUUGGACUACAUAGUGUAGUCGACUUACAACCCAUAUAAACUUUUCUGCCCUACCGCCCCUCUUCCCCUUCCCACUUCGUUCUGUGCAACAUCGGAUCGGCAUCUUUGAGCCCACGCCGUGCCCCUUCUUGACGACUCGUCUCCAACUCGCCCGCUCGACCUAGUACUGGACGGCUUUGCCAGUCACGUAGCCAUGGCGUCGUCCUCGUCGUCGUCGUCGUCGGCGGUGCCGCAGGCCGAGGCUUUCCCCGAUGGCACCACUGACCACAUUCCCCUGCGGAAGAAAGCCUACGAUAUCCGCAAGCCUCAUAUCACGGAGCAGCCCAUAACAUGGAGCAACUGGUACCAGCACGUCAACUGGCUGAACACGACCUUCAUCCUCAUCAUCCCCCUGGUCGGCAUGAUCGCGUCGUACUGGGUUCCUCUGCAACCCAAGACUGCUAUCUUCGCCGUGGUUUACUAUUUCUACUCUGGUCUCGGAAUCACCGCCGGCUACCAUCGCCUCUGGGCUCACUCGAGCUACAAGGCUUCGCUGCCCCUCAAGAUCUUCCUCGCCGCCGGUGGCUCUGCCGCCGUCGAAGGCAGCGCGCGAUGGUGGUCCAGCCUUCACCGCUCGCACCACCGCUACACCGAUACCGAUAAGGAUCCCUAUUCCGUCCGCAAGGGUCUUCUCUACAGCCACAUCGGCUGGAUGGUCAUGAAGCAGAACCCGCGCCGCAUCGGCCGCACCGACAUCACUGAUCUGAAUGAAGACCCCGUCGUUGUCUGGCAGCACCGCCACUUCAUCAAGUGUGUCGUCACCAUGGCCCUGAUCGUGCCCACGCUUGUGUGCGGUUUCGGCUGGGGUGACUUCUUGGGCGGCUACGUCUACGCUGGUAUUCUGAGAAUUUUCUUCAUCCAGCAAGCCACAUUCUGCGUCAACAGCCUUGCCCACUGGCUCGGUGACCAGCCCUUCGACGACCGCAACUCGCCGAGAGACCACGUCUUGACCGCCCUGGUGACCCUUGGCGAGGGCUACCACAACUUCCACCACGAAUUCCCGAGCGACUUCCGCAACGCCAUCGAGUGGUGGCAGUACGACCCCACCAAGUGGUUCAUCUGGACCAUGAAGCAGCUCGGCCUCGCCUGGAACCUGAAGAAGUUCCCCCAGAACGAGAUCGAGAAGGGCCGUGUGCAGCAGCUGCAGAAGAAGCUCGACCAGAAGCGGGCCACCCUCGACUGGGGCGUACCGCUCGAGAGCCUCCCUGUCAUCAGCUGGGACGACUUCGUCGAACAGAGCAAGAACGGCAAGGCUUGGGUUGCCAUCGCCGGUGUUAUCCACGACGUCGGCAAGUUCAUCGCUGACCACCCCGGCGGCAAGGCUCUGAUCUCAUCCGCCAUCGGCAAGGAUGCCACCGCCGUCUUCAACGGCGGUGUCUACAACCACUCCAACGCCGCCCACAACCUCAUCUCGACCAUGAGAGUGGGCGUCCUGCGGGGUGGCUGCGAGGUGGAGAUCUGGAAGCGCGCCCAAGCCGAGAAUAAGGACGCAGUCCCCAUCACCGACUCGUCCGGCCAGCGGAUCGUCCGUGCCGGCGACCAGGUGACGCGCGUGAGCCGCCCGGUUGCCAGCGCCGACGCCGCAUGAGCACAAUACGGCGAUCUCAAAUUUUCUAUUUGCUGUCCCCCACGGCUCACAGAUCACUACCCUGGAGAACGGCCGUGGAGAAGAAGAAAAAUUACUUCCCCAUAAGCAAGGCUAUCUGCUGCGGGAGUUGACAUGAUACAUGCUGGCCGCGAGCCAACAUGAGUAGGAGGGAAACAAUAUCCGAUCCGCCUGGCGGCUCAUGACUUCUCUUUUUUUGGCAAAAGUUUGGGGGGCGUUUAUGAAAAACGGGAAAAGGGGGACGGGCAUGUUUACUCAUUCAUUCAUGGCGUGGUGUGGGCAUGGCAUGGGGAUUUUCAUUUGCGAAUCAUGAGACUCGGCGCUCGCAGAAUUGAAGGUUAUUGCCAAAACAG